CGCGCGGGAGUGGUUUGCAAUGUCCAGCUUGUGAUCAACGACAGUUUUUCUUCAAUGCCAAGCCAAACAAGAAUCGUGGGGGCGGUCGCUUGGAACGAAUGAGAGAGAAGCAGAACGGGACACGCAAAAUGUGUGCCCCGAUGUCCACGUCAUCCGUUCCCGCCGUCCCACCCACUUGCGACCCAUGGCACGACAUGAUGAUAAUGAUGACGACGGUGAUGAACACGUUGAUGGUGAUGAUUACGGUGGUGAUGCUGAUCUGAGCGACGAUGUCGCUGACGAUAAUGACGAUGUUGAUGACGAUGAUGAUGUCGAUGAUGAUGUUCGGGAUGAUGAUGAUUAGGACGAUGGUGGUGAUUUUGAUGACGGCGACGAUGUCGCUGAUGAUGAUGAUGUUGUUGACGACGUUGAUGAUGUCGAUGAUGAUGUCGACGAUGAUGACAAUGUUGAUGACGUGGACGAGGUUGAUGAUGAUGUUGUUGAUGAUGAUGAUGAUGUUGAUGAAGAUGAUGAUGAUCACGACGACAAUGAUGGUGAUGAUGAUGAUGAUGAAGAUGAUGACGCUGAUGGUGGUGGCGACGAUGAUGGUGAUGAUGGGGGCGAUGAUGAUGAUGAUGAUGGCAAGCAAGAAUCACGGGGCCGCUCGCUAGGAAAGAACGAGCGGGAAUCAGAAGGGGACACAGAAACCAUAUGGCCCAAUGUCACCGACAUCCUUUCCCUCCGUCCCCGCAACUUGAAACAGGUGGCGCGGCGCGGCUGCUCCCAUGGGCUGGCAAACAUGCCAAGCAUGUGGGCAGGCAGAACAGCACUUUACCUUGAAGAGGGCACAGCGCACAUGAUGGCGCUGCUCUUUGACGGCUCACAGUUCUUCGAGGAGGCGCAAUUCUUCGACGACGGCGAAGUGCACACGAUGGCGCAACUGUUCGACAAGGGCUCAGCGCAAACGGCGGUGGCCACUUGCUGACGCAGGACGCAGAGACGAGAUGUCGAAGCGGAGACAACCGAACCACAGACGACAAUUGUCCACGAGAGGAAACCCCUGCGCCCACGCCCGCCGCCGCCUGGCGCAUUAACGGAGCAGAAAAGGCGAUGGAGGAUGUCGCUGACGAGACGUCGAGCGCGAAUGCGCUCGUCAGGCUCGAGAUACGAAAGGGCUGAGCGUUAGACUGUCGUCACACCCCAUGGAAAGGCCCGCCUGUGUCCCUCCCCCACGGCCACAAAUCCCGCUCGCCAGCCAAGAGACGC